UCACACGCCGCACGAAUUACAUGAAAGCAAAGUUCACCAGCACAUCAAUGAGCAAUGUUUCUGUAGCAUGGUGGCAAACAACGUAGGAUCGUAAUUGGUCGGCAGAUGUUGAAGACGAGCAUCUAUACAGCUGUUCCUUGUUCCCACGGCAGUCUCUUCUGCAAACAAAUAGAAGGAUAGUGACGUGCAGCAGUACAAAGUGUUGUAGACCUCUUCUGUGAUAUUGGCAAACAGAACAUGCUGAUGGUACAGGAGCAGAUGUUAAAGACUUGAUGAUUUACCACGGGUACAUACGUGUAAAUGUCAGACACGGGACUGGUUGUCUCAGUACGCCGUAGUUGCUCUCACAACUGCCUCAUCGUCGCGAUAGCUCAAAGGAACGCUGAGAGGAGCGAGUCUGCGAGGGAAGGGCCCUGGAGGACGCUUCGUCGGAGAUGUUGACGGAAACCAAUUAUACUGCCGUUCUCUUGGGGGGAAAUCCACGCCGAACUGACACACGGUUAGUCAUGCCGUAUCCGGUCAUUCGUGUACAAAUUGUUAAGCUGCGUGCAGCCUACACAUCCAAAUAAGAUUCUACGUUUGAGACUGUGAGACUGUUUUGCUCGAAGAGAUGGGUGCCGUCUCAGGCUGCUUGUCCGCCGGAUCUUCCAACCAGAUCCUCCCGAAGAAGAAGAACGAUGAGGGCAUCUACGACACGAGGAGACUUCUCUCCGAGCUGAUCACGGUUCAGACGGCCAUCGUCUUCACGGACGCCGGGUCCCAAGACGGGAGCGGGGAAGGAAAGGACUCCCUCGCAUACACCUUACGGAGCAUCGCCGAGCUGAGCGGGCGGAUCGGACGGAACAACCCCGGCGGGAAGAUGAACGUGAAGGACCAAGGAGCGCUGCCGGGCAUCACGGAGGCGCCGAGCACGCUCAGUCAUAGCUCCGGGCAGUCGCAGCGGUUCGAGGUGCGGCAGGAACACAACAUCAACCCCUCCGGGACUGUGUCCGUGGUCUCCAUACAGAGUAGGUAAAAACAUUUCUGAAGCAGACAGCACGCCUUCCUGAUGUCCAUGUCGCACAUUGACAUUUUCGGCAGUAAAAACAAAAACAAACGCCGGUGUCGUCUCGACCAUUGUGCGAUUUCAAGAGAUAUUAUUAAGUUCGCCACGAACACAACAUCAACCCCUCUGGGACUGUGUCCGUGGUCUCCAUCCAGAGUAGGUAAAAUGAAACGCUUCUGACGGCUAGAGGAAGAAGACAGUACGCCUUCUUGAUCGAUGCCUCUGUUACACAGUACAAAAAGUCGGUCGAACGACAAGUCUGCGAGCACUAAAUGUGACAUUUCGACUGUAAAACAAAACGCCGAUGUCCUUUCGACCAUCGUGCAAGUUAGCCAAGAACACAGCAUCAACCCCUC